GUGUGUUUUCUUAAAGGAGACAUUGAAAAGGCCAGGGAACAUUACUUGGAGGCCAUUGACUGCGAUGCGUCAUCUGUUGAAGCGAUCUACAAUUUAGGCUUGGCGAACAAGAAACUGGGACGAUUGGAAGAAUCUUUGGACGCGUUCUAUAAACUGCAAGCGAUUUUGCGUAACCAUCCGCAAGUGCUGAUACAAAUUGCCUCGAUUUACGAGCAACUCGGCGACUUGUAUCAAGCUCUGGAAUGGUAUGUGCAAACCUUGAGUUUGGUUCCAUCUGAUCCACAUCUGUUGCAGAAGCUCGGGGAAAUUUGCGAUGCGCAGUCAGAUCGUCAACAAGCUUUUCAGUACCAUUUU